AUGUCAUUCCAGAUUCUCAUCCUAUUUUCUGUACUCUGCUUUGCUGCUCAUUCAGAAGCAAAAUGGAAACUGCAGGACAAUGUUUCUGUUGCUGUUACUUUGAGCUCAUACAGACAACCAAAUUAUUUCAUUGUAAGUUCUCUCUUCUAUGGGAAGAAUGUCUACAUCAUAGAUUCAACGUGGACUUCUUCAUCCCCAUCUGAAAAAGUACAUCUCUGCAAUGUCUCUGGGAAGGACUACUGGAUGAGAGACAACGAGACGGACAGACAUCAUGAUAGCUGGGAAAGAGAUGUGAAGGAGCCCCUAGAUGCUGGCAAUUUCACCUGUUGGAAUAAAACCAAUGGCCUUUUAAGUUACACUACUCUUUAUGUUGCUAGGAUAGGUGAAGGAAAGCUUAUGCUUCAUUCAGUUCUCGAAAGUGAAGGAUCAGGCAAAAGGAACUUCAAAUGUACAGCAAAUAAUUUUUCUGGGAAUUUCACAUGUUCGUGGAUGAUAGCUCCCCAAAUCCAGAAUCAGAGUCUAAAGUUUGCAGUCAGAAGUCUAAAUAUGAAUAAUAUUUCAGGAAGCAUAACUUGUGAGGAACCCAUAAGAGAUACUACUACAUUGAGAAAAUACUCCGUUUCCUGCAAGAAAGAGAGAUCCUGCCCAGCUGCUGAAGAGUACCAGCAAAUUGAAAUUUGUCUAGAUGUUUUUGAUAAUAAUCUAUAUGAAAAUUACACUCUCAACUUCUUCAUCAAAGAUAUCAUAAAGCCUGAUGUUACUGCGUGUGAAAUAGCUGAGAUAUCCACGUCUUCCCAAUUGUCUUGGAAACCCCCACAAACCUGGAGUACUCCAGUAUCUUAUUUUGGGCUGACAUAUCAGAUUAAAAAAAAAGGAACCCAAGAUCGGAUUUAUGAGGUUGAUAACCCUACACAACUGGAAAAUGGAAAUCUAGGCUGCAGUGAUCGAAUUCGUGGCAAUGAAGUGUGCUAUAUCCGAUCCAGGGACCGCUACAACAAGAAUUCUGCUUGGAGUGAGUGGUCUCAGCCUUGCAGUCGUGAAUCUCAAAAGAAUGGCGAAAAGCGUCACACUCGUGAUGUCAAAGAAUACAUAGUCCCAUGCAAUCGCAAAAGAAUUAGAGCUGAAAAUGCCUGA